GGGUGCCAAAGGAGGGAAACGGGUCAAGGAAGAGAUCCUUUUCUCGCCCCUUCCUUCCCUGCCCGUGACACUCCCACAACGGGGUCAGCGCAGGCCUUGGGCGCCCCCCGGGGUGGGAGGGAUACCGGCCCUCUGGCGUUUGAGCAAUCGCAGAAAGUUUCAGCAAGUUAAGAGGUUUGGGAAGGAUGUUGCAAGCAGAGGCCUGGGGGCGGUGGGGUAGUAAUGGGCGAAAGUCGAGCUGUGAGUAAGACUCGGAGGAGGCGGCCUCCCUCCAGGCAGCCGGGGCGGCCCCAGUUGGGCCGGUCCCAGGAGAGGCUGGCUCCAGAAUUCCUAGCCUCCCGGAAAGCUGCUCGGGAAAGGCCAGCCGAAUUGGGGCGGGGUGGCAAUGGUGGUGGGUAUAGAGGAUCUGUGACUCAGGCCUCAACUCAAUAGGGAGAGAGCGACAGAGAAAUCAUUUGCUUUUGGAUGUUCUCCCCUGAAGCUGUAACUUAGCAUCUAGGCAGAUGUGCCCUCAGCUCGGCCUGCCUCUUUUCCUAUCACGAACCGGCAUUUCUGUGCAGGUGGUAACUGGACCAGAAAAAUCUUUUUAGACUCAACACUGAGGCUUCCAUGGGCCACUGUUGCAUACGAUCUCUGGACUGCAAGCCUGCAGUGUUUUGAGAAGGAGAUGACUUGAGUGGCCAGCUCUUACUCCACAACAAUGUCCAUGAACAGUUCCAAAGAGCCAGCAUCUCCUGCAACCGAGCUCCUUUCAAAUGCAACUUGCCAAACGGAAAAAGGGCUUUCGGUGUCUUUUUCAAUAAUCUUCAUGACAGUGGGAAUCUUAUCAAACAGCCUUGCCAUUGCUAUUCUCAUGAAGGCAUACCAGAGAUUUAGGCAGAAAUACAAGUCAUCGUUUUUGCUUUUGGCUAGUACCCUAGUAAUCACAGAUUUCUUUGGCCACCUCAUCAAUGGAGCCAUAGCAGUCUUUGUAUAUGCUUCUAAUAAAGACUGGAUCCGCUUUGACCAAUCAAACGUCCUUUGCAGUAUUUUUGGUAUCUGCAUGGUGUUCUCUGGUCUGUGCCCUCUUUUUCUAGGCAGUGUGAUGGCCAUUGAGCGAUGUAUUGGAGUCACCAAACCAAUAUUUCAUUCUACGAAAAUUACAUCCAAACAUGUUAAGAUGAUGUUGAGUGGCGCGUGUUUUUUUGCUGUUUUUGUAGCUUUGCUACCCAUCCUUGGGCAUCGUGACUACAAAAUUCAAGCAUCAAGGACCUGGUGUUUCUACCAAACAGAUCAUAUCACAGACUGGGAAGAUAGGUUUUAUCUUUUACUUUUUUCUUUUCUGGGGCUCCUAGCCCUUAGUAUUUCAUUCUUUUGCAAUGCCAUCACGGGAAUUUCACUUUUAAAAGUUAAAUUUAAAAGUCAGCAGCACAGACAAGGCAGGUCUCAUCAUUUUGAAAUGGUCAUCCAGCUCCUGGCUAUAAUGUGCGUCUCCUGCGUUUGCUGGAGUCCCUUUCUGGUGACAAUGGCCACCAUUGGAAUCAAUGGACCAGAUUAUCUGGAUGCCUGUGAAACAACCCUUUUUACUCUUCGAAUGGCAACAUGGAAUCAAAUCUUAGAUCCCUGGGUAUAUAUUCUUCUGCGGAAGGCAGUCCUUAAGAAUCUCUACAAGCUCACCAGACGCUGUUGUGGAGUGCAUAUCAUCAGCUUACAUGUUUGGGAGCUUAGCUCCAUUAAAAAUUCCUUAAAGGUUGCUGCUAUUUCUGAGUCACCAGUUACGGAGAAAGUAACUCAACAAACAACCACCUAGUUCACUAGGACAGUAAAUCAGCAUUAAGUCUAGGACAGGGUGAAGAAAAUUUUUGGCGAUGUUUCAGUUAAUUGUAGACAUGCAAAAAGCCUAACUGGAAAAAUCAGCCCUCACCGAGGUAGUUUGGGGGCACUUUUGUCAGAUGUGACUUUUGAAAUUUUUAAAUAAUCUGCGUAAUUGCACAUAUUCAUAUGUUUUUCUCAACUGGAGGUAAAUACAAUGAAAUAAUGCCAUAGGAGUCAAAUUGAAAAUAUUUUUGGGCUUAUCUGUGUUAUUGAAGCUUUUGAAAUGAAUGACUCCUUUGAAGCUGGUAGCACUUACUUGGCCUGUUUAUCAAAGAACAUCCUAAUACCACAUACACAGUGAAAUGGCUCUUUGGGGUCACUGCUCUGUAGCAGUUCCUUAGAGACUAGGCACAAUGAGAUGGAGUGCCUGUUUUGAUCUUGUCUGUUUUGUCCCUCAUUAUGCAGCCUUGAUUAAGACAUGCAUGGUCAUGUCACAGGGGUUCACUCUGGCUUAUAAUGACCUCCACGUACGUGAGAUGUGGCUGUCAGGUUGCCUGAUCUUGCGAGCCUCUUUAGAAUGAGCCUAUCCUUGUCAUAUUGAUGGAUAUGACUGCUUGCAUUUAUUAUUAUGAAGGUCAGUUGUUGUUUGAAGAUAUUCAUAAGUCAUAGAUUUGCACAGUUUUCGAUCACCUUUCUCUCUGAAACGUCUGGUGUAUAGUCAAUAAUUUUUAGAGAAACAAAGGCUGUAUCAGCACAUGUUGUAUAACUUGUAGGUAACUUGUGUUAUAGCAGUUCCUGAGAAGCUCUGCCAUGGAUAAUGCAAACAAACAAAAAAUAACCCCCAAGUGACAGGUGCAAAGAACAUUGGCAAAGAAACUUUACCUUGGGUUGUCAUUUCUAUGUCAGAGAACAAAAGAAACACAACCCCUAGAGCAUAAAAUGCAAAGACUAUCUGUAGGUGGCAUGUUUCUGCUUUCCACUUACACCACCACACACACACGCACACGCACACGCACACACACACACACACACACAGCCCAUCAGAAAUUUCAGUUGAAAGAGGGUGCUUUCGAUCUGUAAGAUGGCAUCUUCUACAACCUGUGCUGCAAUGUCAAGGGGAGGGUUGGCAAUUCACCAGGCACUUGGAGGCUCUCAUAAUGGUUAACCAAGAGAUCAAGGGAUAAAAUCUCUCCCCAGAUUUCCCAGUAAGACGUUAGAUAUUUUCUCUGCUUGUUUGUAUAAAUUUUAGGAAUCACUCAAAAUAUCCUGAGUCUAUCAGAGCAUAGGGUAUUUAAUUCUGUUUUACAAUAGAGAAAUGCAUUUCUGUAAAAUGGGUUCUUUGACCUCAUUAACUGGGGUCUGUUUUAAAAUUAAUCUUCCCUGUGAGGCUUAUUUUAGAUUCUCUAGGAAAUUUGUGCAGUUCAAUUAGACAUUAUUUUCACAUAUUUUUUUGCUCCUAACUGGUAAUUUACAUUGGAAUUAUUGUUAACUUAGGUGAGUGAAAUUGGUAAAUUCUAAUGAAUAAAUUAGAAGAAAUUAAGCAAAUAGCCUCACUGAAGUUUUAAAGAUAACUACUUUUUUUCCACAGUGAAUUUAAAGUGGGGCAACAAACAUAUGCACUGGCAUGUAAUAGUCUUAAUUUAUGACCAGGAAAUGAUUAGUCACACAAAUUUAGAUCAUCCUCAUAUAUAGAGCACAUAGUAGAUGCUCAAUAUUUGCCAAAUUGAAUUACAGGAAAGAAUUUCUUGGUGCAAAGUGAGCAUAGAUGUGCAAAAAUUUUUGCGCAUUCUUAAUUUAAAAGGACAACUACAUAUUGGUUAUUUUGGGAUAUAUAUAUGUGUGUAUGUAUAUAUAUAUAUGUAUAUAUAUAUAUCUCCAAUGUAUAUACUUUAAAAAAGCCUUUGCAAUUUGUGAUUGCUGUUAUAUUACAUAAAUGUUCUCAUGUGUUUUAGGGGCAUUGAAAGACUAAAAAGAACUUGUAGAUAGUUUGGAGGAGAUAUUUAUUUCCCACAGCUGCUUGAGAGAGUGUUGACAUUUGGGGAACUGAGGCACAAGGAACUGAAGCUCCAUCUUUUUGCCCCAUGUGGGGCAGGAUGCUGCGUGAACAUGCCUGUGGAUGCAGACUGGGGACAGCCCUGGAGGAGAAACCCUCACCCAGGACUUUAGACCUCUUCUCCUUGAGGCUUCUACUCAAAUGGCACAAUUAUUGCUCUCGUGCCAUGAUGUCACUUUGGCCAUGUGUAUCUGGGUUGAGGAAAUACUGUGACAUGAUCAUGUACAGGAAAGUAUGAGCUUAGCACAAGAUUUGGAGGAGUGACAGGGCAGUCAUUCUCUGUAUAUCCUGGAAGGUUUAGCUGUAUUAUCUGAGCAUAGGUUUAGGGCUAAUAAAUGGAUUUAAUGAUGAUGAAAGAAAUAGGCACCAAAAAUUGGAAAAAAAAAUAAGUGAAAGGAUAUGUGUUUACAUUGUAUUAGGCUUUUAUUGUCCACAGAAAAUGAAUUAAGUGAACAUAACAGUAUGUAUAUCUGACUUCAGAAUUUUAUUUCUGUUAUUUUAUGUAUUUUAAUGUAGUUUGGCAACUUAUUGUGUAAUAAGUAAUAAAGUGGAGCACCUACCAAUAACUUUCAUGUAAAUGUUCCCAGUGGAAGUGUAUUUGUUCAAAUUACUGGAAAUAAAUAGCACAAAUAGUGUUCAGCAAGUUUAUUAGUUUUGAAGUUUUAUGCUCAAUUUUAAAAUUUGUCCUUAGACCAUCAGAGUAACUUCUCAUUGGAUUCAAUAUUAGCUAAGCAACUUCGCGUAUAACUUGAUUAUAUCGUUUCUGGGGAAUUCUAUUACUCUAGGCAAGUAACUUGAAAAUGCCAGACAUUUUUUGAUGUUAGUAAACGUUCAAAAAAAAUGAGAGCCAACCCCCCCAGUAGAAGAGCAUGUGUUUUUAUGCUUAUGAAUACGGAGACAGUUCAUGCUGAUUCUUACAGCUGUAUCGUCAAACAUCAGAUUUCUUACUGAUGGAUUUAGCUGGAUAAUAAAAUAUGAUCUUUAAACAUUUUUUUUCAAAAGGCAUAAAGUUGCUUCUAAUUAUCUGUAUUGAUGAAGUGAGAAAUACUUAAAAGUUAACAUCUACAAAUACAGAUAUCAUUAGCUGUAUCUGUCUUGUGUAACAAAUGCUCUCGUUUGCUCAUUUUCAGUCUUAAAAAGAAAAACCUGCUUCAGUUUUGUGCCUAAUCUGAGUUUAGAAUCCAAAUGAGAUUAUUCGUUAAACACAUAAAGUGAACUUUUUGUGAAAUGUAUUGCUAGCUUCACCUGUAGCACCGUCAUUGCUCCAAGUUACCUGUCUAAGGUGGGACUAUAAAGAUGAGGAGUCUACAUUUUCUUCAUCUGGGGGUCAGAAUAUUUUACCACUUGGUAAAUAGUGUUGGACUUCAACUUGUUUUUGACUUAUUUUAACAGCAGGUGAAAUGUGUCAUGUGAAUAAAUGUAUUUGUGCUCUUCAUACUUGUUGGAUUGUAAAAGAGAGUAAAUAGUGUUAUGUAUAUUUUGCUGCUUCUAUCAGUAUGCAACUAUUGUAAUUUUAGUGCUUGGACUUGUUUAAAAGCUCAAACAAAUGAUUUUUAAAAAAUAAAGGUGGACUAGUGUUUAUCCAGA